AUGGCUGACCAAAACAUUCCAAUUUAUAGAAGAGGAGUUGAAGAAGUAGUCAAAAAGUCUGUAGAUGAAUAUGGAAAAUAGAAAUGGGACAUUGAACAUAAAAUCUUCGAUAAAUAAGAACGUGAAGAUGAAGAAUACGAUAAGAAUAAUCCCAGAUAUACAAAAUCGUUAUAGGCUCGUACUGAUUCUGUGGGAAUUGAUGAAUCAAUUGGGAAAAAAAGAAAUGUAGUCAAAGAGGGAUUGAAGAAAGAUCAAAGUGGAUUCUAUUGUGAAUUGUGCGAUGAAUUAGCUACUGAUAGUUUAUCAUGGUUAGAUCAUUUGAAUUCUAUAAUGCAUAAUCGAUUGCUUGGAAUGAAUAUGAAAGUUGAUAAAGUGACUGCACUUGAUGUUAAGGAAAAAUUGCAAUAAAUUAAAGAAUCAACUACUAAGAGUUAAGUUUAAGCUUAAGAAAAACCAAAAUCAAUUGAAGAAAUAAGAAGGCAAUUGGAAGAAUAAUUGUAAAAGAAGAAAGAAAAAAAGUUAAAGAAAUAAACAAGCAAAUUGUAGAGUGCCAUUACAAAGAACAAUGAAUAAGAAAUAGAUGAAGAUGAUUUAAAAUUAAAGCAAUUUUUAAAAAAAUGA